AUGUUCCCUGGAGUUGUCAAAUCUAAUGACAUAAACACACAAGAGAUUGGUAGAGCUUUGUCUGAUCUAAUUUCGAAAAGAUUCAAAGGCCUUAAACCUUAUUUGUUGGUAAAUCAUUUGGGAAGAAGUAAAAUAGAUGUCAACCGACCAAUGAAUGAAGGAACUGAAGUAGUCAAGGGUGUGAAAAACCAAGACUUUAUUGAUUAUACAAAAAAGAACAUCAAUGCUGGCGUAGAUGUUAAUUAUACUAAUGGCAUUAAUGAAGGAUUCAAUCAAACAUUCGAAUCAGAAACACAAAUUGUUUGGAAUGAUUAUCAUACAUUUAUGAAAAGUGCUGUUGAAGAGAUCGAAGAAAGAUUUAAUUAUGGAAUAGUUAUUGACUUGCAUGGACAUGGACAUCCAGAAAAUUAUAUUGAAUUAGGUUACGUUUUAUCAUCUGAAAUAUUAUCUUUGCCAAGACUAAAAAAUCAAGAAUUAGAAAAGGUAGCUUUGGAACAUACUCUAACCAAUGAAACCAAAAUUCAAUGGAAACGAUUCGCGUUUUUGGGUGAUAGGAUAAUAAAUUAUAAAGUUUCAAAAAUAUUAAUAUUAAAACAAACAUUGGAUUUUAAAAGAAUUGCUAGCGCGUAUCCGGACCUGAUCUCGAGAAGAUACUUGGCUUCGAUUGCGUUGAAAUCAAAUUUAGUAGAAAUGGUCAAUGAAAAAAAAAAGAAAAUAGUGAAAGCAGGAAAAAAAACAGUGUUGGAUAAAUCAGGAGUGAAUUUUUGGGCAGAAUUAGUAGAAGUUUAUAUGUGCUGUUUGUACACGGAAGGAAAUAACGAAGCAAUUGAUGAUUUUGCUAAUCAAAUAAUAGAUGAUUAUUUUCGUAAAAUAAAGGAGAUGAAAGAGAAGCAACAAAAAGCUGCUGCUUUGGUUGACGAGUAUUAUAAUCAUGAUUACAGUAAAAUAUUUAAGAGUAAACAAUUGGAUAAAGCUGAACAAACAAGCAAAGAAGUUAGAAAAAUAAUUGAAAAAUUGUGGUACUUGAUCAAUAUUACAAUAAAUGUUUCUAAAUAUUUUACAACUGAUCCAACACCUUUUUAA